GAAAUUUGUACGACACAAUUCUACUCUACUAGAGCCAGAGAAACAGAGAUCACCACGAUAUCUUCUUCAUCAACCCUCUCUCUCUCUCUCUCUCUAUAUGUGUAUUAGAUUGGAGCCAUUGAAGCUUUGAUGAUCGGACUAAGUGUUUUGAGGUCUUCGCAAAUGGAAAGUGCUGUACCAGGACGACUUGCUGGAUCGGAAAUCCAUGGCUUCCAUACUAUGGAAGGUUGCAGUGAUUUUGAUGGUUUGGGUACUAAAAUUGCAAGUUGAUUAUGUUGUUGCGGGGCUAUUUGGUGCAACUUAUUGAGAUUUGGAUGUUGGCAACAUCAUGGAGGAAGCAAAGGCAAGGUGGUUGCGACCAAAUGAGAUUCAUGCAAUACUCUGUAACUAUAAAUAUUUCAGCGUCUAUGUCAAGCCAGUGACCUUGCCAAAAAGUGGUACAAUUGUGUUGUUUGACCGUAAAAUGCUCAGGAACUUUCGGAAAGAUGGUCAUAACUGGAAGAAGAAAAAGGAUGGGAAGACUGUCAAAGAAGCUCAUGAACACUUGAAAGUCGGUGACGAAGAAAGGAUUCAUGUAUAUUAUGCUCAUGGUGAAGAUUACCCAACCUUUGUUCGCAGAUGUUACUGGCUACUUGACAAGGCACUGGAACACGUAGUCCUUGUUCAUUAUCGUGAAACCCAAGAGGGUUCUCCCGUCACUCCUGUCGAUUCAAAUUCUAGUUCAGGCCCCUCUGACCCAUCUGCUUCUUGGAUCUUAUCAGAAGAAACUAAUUCUGCAGCUGAUCCAGCUUAUUAUGCUGUGGAGAAAGCACAAUUAGAGUCCAGUGACAGUAUGACCCUCAAAAAUUAUGAAAGGAGACUUCACGAGAUCAAUACACUGGAUUGGGAAGAGCUUGUGGUGCCAGAUGAUCCCAGGAAGCUGAGUGCACCUGAUGGAGAUUUUUUGGCAGGAAAAACUUCAUGCUUUGAACAGCAGAAUCAAUUUGGAACAAAUGGAUUCAUGAGUAGUGGUACCAUCCUAUCAGCCAACAAUUUGCCUACGGGAAAUUCUUUUGUGAGUCAGUCUGAGACAGUUGACCAGAUUAACUCCAUUCAUUUGAAUACAUCGGACAAUCUUUGCUUUCAAAGGAUGGAAGGUCAAACAAAUUCAAGUUUCCAGAAAAAGGAUUGUCAACUGAUGGCACUGGACACUGGUGAUUCUUUGGACAUUCUGGGAAAGGAUGAUUUGAAAACUCAAGACAGCUUCGGAAGGUGGAUGAACUCUGUCAUGUCUGAUUCACCAGGAUCAGUGGAUGAUCCGACUCUGGUUUCCUCAAUUUCGACUGGUCAUGAAUCGUUUACUUCUCCUACAAUGGAUCAUCUUCAAUCAUCUGUUCCAGGACAAAUAUUCAGUAUAACUGAUGUCUCUCCUGCAUGGGCUUUUCCAACUGAAGAGACGAAGAUCCUCAUCACCGGAUUUUUUCAUGGUGGGCAUCCACAACUUGCAAAAUCCAACAUAUAUAUUGUGUGUGGAGAUGCAUGUAGUCCUGCAGAGAUUGUCCAAUCUGGAGUUUUCCGCUGUUUGGUUUCAUCACAUGCCGCUGGAAUAGUAAAUCUUUAUUUGAGUUUUGACGGCCGCAAUCCGAUCAGCCAAGUUAUGACCUUUGAGUAUCGUACUCCUCUGAUGCACACCUCUAUUAUUUCUGCAGAUGAGAAGUCUAAGUGGGAAGAGUUUAGAAUUCAGAUGAGGCUUGCUCACUUGCUCUUUUCUACCUCUAGGAACCUUAGCAUUUUAUCUAGUAAAGUAUCACCAAAUUCCCUCAAAGAAGCAAAAAUCUUUGCCCGCAAAACCUCCCAAUUUGCUGAUGGUUGGGCACAUAUGAUGGAGUCAUUUGAAAAUAACAAAAUCUCUUUUCAACAAGCGAAGGACAGCUUGUUUGAGCUAGCUCUGAAGAACAGACUACAUGAAUGGCUGUUGGAAAGAGUAGUUGAAGGGCACUGUAAAACUUCUGACUAUGAUGAUGAAGGUCAAGGUGUAAUACAUUUGUGUGCUAUCCUAGAUUAUACAUGGGCUGUCUACCCAUUUGCCCAGUCUGUCUUAUCAUUGGAUUAUCGAGACAAAUUUGGAUGGACAGCUCUUCAUUGGGCUGCAUAUUGUGGAAGGGAGAAAAUGGUUGCUGCUCUUCUAUCUGCAGGGGCAAAGCCGAACUUGAUCACAGACCCAAAUUCAGAAAACCCAGAUGGAUGCAUCCCGGCUGAUCUUGCAUCUAAGAAAGGUUAUGAUGGUUUAGCAGCUUAUCUUGCAGAAAAGGCUUUAGUGCAACACUUUAAGGAUAUGACAAUAGCUGGAAAUGUCAGUGGUGCAUUGCAAAUCAGCACACCUGACUCAGUAAACGUCGGGAACAUCAGCGAAGAGGAGUUGUAUCUGAAGGAUACUCUGACUGCUUAUCGGACAGCUGCUGAUGCAGCAACACGUAUACAGGCUGCAUUCAGGGAGCGCUCAUUUAAGCUACAGUCAAAAGCAGUUGAGGUUUCCAAUCCAGAGAAUGAAGCACGCAAUAUAAUUGCAGCAAUGAAGAUCCAGCAUGCCUUUCGCAACUAUGAGACUCGAAAAAAGAUGGCAGCUGCUGGCCGAAUUCAACAUAGGUUCCGUACUUGGAAGAUCCGAAAAGAAUUUCUCAAUAUGCGACGUCAAGCUAUCAAAAUUCAAGCUGUUUUCCGGGGGUACCAAGUCCGGAGGCAGUAUCAGAAGAUUGUUUGGUCAGUUGGAGUGCUUGAAAAAGUAAUUUUACGCUGGCGUUUGAAGAGAAAAGGCUUUCGGGGACUUCAGGUUAGCCCAGUUGAAGCUAUGAACAAUCAAAAGCAAGAAAGUGAAGUGGAGGAGGAGUUCUUCCGAGCCAGCAGGAAACAGGCUGAAGAGCGUGUGGAGAGAUCUGUUGUACGGGUCCAAGCCAUGUUUCGCUCACGGAGAGCACAAGAAGAAUAUCAUAGGAUGAAGUUGGCUCAUAAUGAAGCAACGCUGCAAUAUGAAGGACUUGCCUCUCCUGAUAAUAAUAUGGGAUAACUAGAGUUUGCUUCAGGUAGUUACAGCAACAUUGACAAAACAAAAAUGUUUCCAAGGGCAAGUUUGUGUUAUUGGCUGCAACGUGUAUAUCUUGUAAAUGCCUAGAUUAACUGUAGAUUUGGCCCAUCUGUGUGUUUUAUGAAAAUGUGGGGGACCAUGUUUUCAGUUUGAUAGGUAUUUCAGGUCCUUGUGGUCUUGUUUUGAUGAUUGACAGGUUUCAGUGUUUAUCCUCAUGUUUUGGUACAUUCUCUCUUUAAUAGUGCGUGGUUACUAUAUUGCA